CGCCUCUUUUCCUGUACUAACUUUCACUGAAUGAGUAGUGCAAGUUUUACGUAUCAAGAAAGCGACAGUGUUUGAAGGAUUCGCAAAUGCUACCAGAGCUGCGUAAUUCUUAAUUUUCAAAGAUUCCUUUCUAUAUAUCAGACUAAAUGAAUAUGAAAUGAAAUGAUAGAGGAGAUUAACACCUGUCUUUGACUGCAGAUGUGGGUCAGGUUUUGACAGAUUAUAUGGCUAAUGAGAUGCCAGAACUGACAUGAGAGUUUUGAAGAACUUCUUCAGGAAAAAGGGAAGAUUGAAGCUCCUUUACAUAAAGGUCAGAACCACCAGCGGAGGAAACAGAACCAGCAGUUUGCAACCCGGACUUAUAACACCAGAGGGGGCAAUUCAAAGCGGAAAUAAAGGAGAGCCUUCAAACCGGAUUAGCAUAAAGAUGGAAGAAGAAAAUUCUGAGUCAGAGCUGAAAUGCCUUCAGCAAAAGGUGCAGACCCUGGAAGAAGAACUAAAGUCUUGCAAAGUCCAGCUUCACAACUUAGAAAAACAGCUCAGCCAGAGUCAGCGUUUGUAUAAAAGUACAGAAAGUUACAAUGAGGAUCUUAGAAAACAGGUGGAACGGCUUAGUGGAGAAAUUCAUGAAAGGAAGAAGAAGGAAUCAAAGAAAUCUGAUGCAGAGGUCCAGACUGAGAAUGCCACUUGGACAAGUGCAGAUUACUAUUAUUAUCAAAACUACUAUCAAUCCAUCUGUCAACAAAGUAAUACCACUGACUCAACAUCUGAAACAGUAAAUCAAAGUGAUGUUCCAAAUUCUGAUGCUGGGGGCCACCUACAAAUGGAUGCAUAUGCACAAUCCAAAGACAGUUGUGCAGAAGAGGAGGAAAGCAGCAACCUAGUACAAACACAGGAGGAGCCAGAAGGCGUUUCAUUAGCAGAAAGCUUACGAGCUACUGCAGAAGCUGCUAUGUCCCAGACUGGAUUUACUUAUGAUGAAACUACUGGACUGUAUUAUGACAGUAGCACUGGUUUCUACUAUGAUUCGGAAAAUCAGCUUUAUUAUGAUCCAAACACAGGAAUUUAUUAUUAUUUGGAUUCAGAAAGUGGACGUUACCAGUUUCAUUCCAAAGUGGACCUGCAAGCAUAUCAGAUGUGUGCAGAAGCCAGUGCUGAUAAAAAAAUAAAGAAAAAAAGGAAAGGCACAGAAAAAGCAGCAACACUGGAGGAUAAGGAUGUGAACACAGAAGAGCAGGAAAUGGAUGACAGUUUAUCUUGUCAGGCAUCAGUUGUUGAAUCUAAUGGUUCUGUAGAAAAUGAAGAGCAGGCAGGGGUAAACAAAAGAGUUAAACUUGAUCCUGAAAAUGAAGACGGCUCUUUGACAUCUGAUAUUGAAAAUCUAAAUGACAGAGAAAAGUUAGAACUCGCAGAUACAGACAGCAUUUCUGACGGUAAAAGUGGUGUGGCAGAGAUGCAAAGUGAACCUGAAGAAGGUGAAAUAAUUGACUCUGAGAAGGAAGACUUGUGUAGUGAUGAUAUUACAAGUGAAGAAGAGUCUGAAGACACAGAAAAUCAAGAAGUCCCAGUAUGGCCUCCUUGUAUCCGAGUAAUGGUAAUAAGGUCUCCAGUGUUACAGGUUGGAUCAUUGUAUAUUAUUACAGCUGUGAAGCCUGCUACAAUUGGAAGGGAAAAGGACAUGGAACACAUCAUCAGAAUACCAGAACUUGGAGUCAGUAAGUUCCAUGCAGAAAUAUUUUUUGACAAUGAAUUACAGCAUUAUGUGCUGGUGGAUCAAGGAAGCCAAAAUGGGACAACCAUUAAUGGAAAGCUGAUUUUACAGCCCAAAACUAAAUCCGAGCCUUACAAGUUGGAACACGGGGAUGAAGUGAAGUUUGGAGAAACUGUAUUAUCUUUCCAUGUGCACCCAGGAAGUGAUACUUGUUACGGGUGUGAACCAGGGCAAGUCAUUGCACACUUGGGCCUUAACAAAAAAGAGGAAACACCUGCUCAAUUAUUAAUAACCAAAGAAGACAAAGAAAAGACAAGAAGGAAAAAGCUGAAGCAGAUGCGUGUUAAGUAUGGUUUAGAGAGCAGUGAUUAUGAAGAAAGCAAGUCCUUGAAGAAUCCAAAAUACCAGGACAGAGCAGGAGCACGUCGAGAGACAUUUGGAAGUGAAGGAGUUUUUCAGAGGGAUGAUGCUCCAGCUUCUGUCCAUGUGGAGAUUGAUGAUACCAAUAAAGGUCGAAAAAUGCUGGAGAAGAUGGGCUGGAAAAAAGGAGAAGGCUUAGGAAAGGACAGCGCUGGAAUGAAGGAUCCGAUCAAACUACAUUUACGACCAAAGCAAGCAGGCCUGGGUGCAGGUUUAUCAAUGUCUGUUGAAGAUAUUCAGAUGGAUAAAAGAAAGAAUAAGAAUUGGGAAAAGGCAAGGGAGAGAUAUGCCACUGAAUUCCAAAAAGAUAUCUCAGAGAGGAAGGAUGCCUCGAAAAUGUCUUUUGUUCAGGGAUCCACUGAAUGAAGUUAAGGUUUCUGAAAAUAUAAAAGACUGAAGUGCUAAAUGUGUUCUAAGUAGACAGUUAAAUAUGAUGCUCAGUAAACACAUGUAAAUGUUCUUGAGGUCAAAUGGUUUUCCAGUACAUUUUAUAAAUGUGAACAUUAUUUAAUUAUAGUAAUAUAUGCAA